AUGGAAGUUAGGAGAGCAGAUCCGGAGCCGAAGACUACCUCCGAUCCGCUUCUUCGGUCCACCACCGUGGGAUCCUCCUGGUGGCAGCGAAUUCACAGCAACCACUGUGACCAGCCAUGGUGGUGGUUCCGGGCGAUACUGAAGAUACGAGAGUGGUCGGCGACCGUAGCUGGUCCAAGGUGGAAGACUUUUAUCCGUCGAUUCAACCGCGAUGGACGCCUCGGCCGCGAUUGGGACAAUAGCCACAAAUACAAAUACAAAUACGAUACCUCGACUUAUAAGUUGAGUUUCGAGGAUGAAAACGAAGACAACAACAACGAUGCAAGAUUUGGUGGAUUCCGGAGCUUCUCGAUGCGCUACGCUUACGUCCCCGUCGUUUCCGGUAAAGCUCCCGCCGUUAUCAGCGUUGACACCGAGAAAUAA